AUGACUACUUUAUUUAGAAGCAGCAAUACCUUCGAUCCUACGGAGGAUGUCCCCGAUCUUUCGGGCAAGGUCUUCGUUGUAACAGGCGGAUCUGCUGGCAUAGGCUUCGGCAUCUGUGCUCACAUCCUUCAGCACAACCCGCUUGCCCUCUACCUUCUCGGCAAGAAACAGGAGCAUAUCCAAGAAGCCGAAGAUGAGCUUAAGAAAUAUGGCGACGUUUCAAAGAUCCACUCCAUCCAGAUCGAACUCGAAGAUUUGAAGCAGACCGAUCAGGUAGCAAAGAAAUUGGCCGCAGAACUCCCCAGGCUCGACGCGCUGAUCUGCAAUGCCGGUCUUGGUGUUGGAGACUACAACCUGACCAAGGAUGGCAUCGAUAGUCACAUGCAGGUGAAUUUCAUCUCACAGUUCCACCUCACCCAGACUCUGCUACCUCUGCUGCAACGCACACCCAACUCUCGGCUGGUCAUGCAAUCUUCGGACCUUCACCGUGGGAUCAGUGAUGUCAAGUUCGAGUCGUUGGACGAGCUGAAUAAGGACAUCGGCCCGAUGAUGCUUUACAACAGGACAAAACUCGCCCAGGUUCUGUACAUCCGAGAAUUGGCUGAUCGCAAAAAGAAAGCCCAGCUUGGCUUCGACGCCGAGAAAACUGCUGGACCGUUCAUGAAUGCCGUACAUCCUGGUGGCAUUAAGACCGACCAACAGAAGCAGGCUGUCGAUGCUUAUGGUGUCAUGGGGAAGAUCGGAGUUGCGGUUGUGAAGCCGUUCUUAAAGGAUCCCCUCGAUGAUGGCUGCCGUCCGGCACUCUUCGCAGCAACCAGCGAGGACGUCAUCAAAGAAAUGAUUCAGGGAGAAUACAUUGUUCCUGAUCGCAAAGUGACCACGCCGUCCAGUCAGGCCUGUGACCGGAAACUUGGCGAGAAUCUAUGGGGGCUGACGGAGAAGAUCAUUGUGAGCAAGCUAGGCUCUGUCCCAUACAAACUUCAGUUUGCUUAG